AUGAAUCCAUACAACCAGCCGCCGUACGGAUAUCCACAGCAAACACCAGGGCCCCCGCAACCACCAUGGCAAGCACCUCCACGACGACAAGGAUGGGGAGACCCUAGGGUCUCAGGACAAGGACUGCAGAGUCCAAUCUCUCCUGCCUACCCGAACAUUCCUCCCUCCAACGCGUUCGGACCACCGCUUCCACCACCCCCACCGCCACCACUUCCUCAAUCUCAAUACCCUCCGCCGGCGCAGUUUGACACGUCGCAAUGGGGAGUGAAAUACAACCAAGGAUUGGCGGCUACAGGUCAAGGUCAAGAUCAAGAUCAAGAGACGAAGCCUGCGCUACCACCUCGCCCGACAUCAGCGACAGGCAGGCUCAGUCCGCAGCCUCACCAGCAUAACCACUCUCAAUCAUACUCGGGAUGGAACGACCCUUAUCACACAAGCAAUGCGGCGCCGCCUCCUCCACCGCCUCGUCCCGCCGAAUACCAAGCCCAUAUACAGGCUGCGCAUUAUGGUCGGACGAGCACACCUCAUCAAGAAUACUCCCACCAACCUGCAUCACAUCACUACGAUCCUGCUCCGCCGCAGCAAAAUUCGUGGAAUACACAACCGUCACAAACGACAGGGCCGACCUAUUAUCCUACAGCACCUCCUCCGCAACAUCUGUCUGGAACGGUUGAUGGGCCAUUGGUGUCGCCAAUAGAGCCAACCGGCAACUUCUGGGGAGCGCCGCAUGGGCAACAGACUACAGCACAGGCUCAGAACAUUUACAACGCUCCCCCUCACCAACUACAUAACCAGCCUGCCAACACUCAGGUGCUAGGAUUCGGAGGUCCCUCGGAUUGGGAGCACUACGAUCCAAAUGCGCCGCCUUCAGACCAGACACCCACGAGUCCCCCUCCGAACCUUCUCUAUCAGACACAGGGCCCUAUUUCACCUCCACAGACCCACGCCACUCCAGCUCCUAUACAGCAGACGCCGAAGCCAGACCCUGCUCGACCAAGCUAUCCUGUAGAGAUCGGUGCUCCAAGCCCAGUUACUCCUCGAAAUGGGUCACAGGUUCCACCAACAGCCGCCAACUAUGGUCGAACUUCACCGCAGUCAGCCGGGGACGGGAGACCGUCUUCUGCAGGUCGACAGCCCAGUGACAUCUCCGCUCGAUCGGACAGCCUGGACAGCGCAGGUAACAUUGACAGCGUCAUCCAAGCCUGGAACACGCCAUUGAAGCCACGCCCCGUCCCAGAUUCUACUCCGCGAACGGAAUCGCGUGCAUCAGCUCCGACGGUGGAACCAGGGCUUUCUUCGACCAGUGUAAAAGUAGUCGACCCCUACGCCGAUCUGGAGCCCGAGUUCAAGGCAUCGCUGAAGCGGUACGCCGUCAUGCUCAGGAGAGAGGCAGCAGCCAAGACCGACGAAGAGAAAUUUGAUAUCUUCCAGGGCUUCGUGACCAAAGAGCUCAGGCUUCGAAGCUUGCUAUACGGGGUGGAGCUGAAGAAAAAGGUGGCCAAGGAGGUCAAGAAGGCCGCCAGCCUGGCCGACAUCCAGGCUGUGCUGCCCAAGUCAGCCUUGCCUCCCGCUACCGCGAAACCAGAUGAUGUUGGCCAGCUCAAUGAUCCUAUCACGAAGACUGUUGACCCGGUUCCUGCGCCUGCUUUGGCUGAACCAGCACCAACCCAGCCGUCAGUCGGCGUCCUGGGAGCUCUCGCACAGCCGGCCGUUAUCCCGAAAGGACCCCCAACAAUUGGAACCUCCAAACUUGCGUCGACCGUCCCGUCCCGCGCGCAGCAGGCUGCAGGUGCCCCACCCCUCGAGGAUCGCCCCAAGUCGAAGGAUGACGGCUACGUGAUAGUCGCAGCGCCUGGUCAGGAGGAGGCAUAUAGUCCUGGCGGUCGACCUUUGGUGACAAAAGUCAAAGGCGGCGAUGAUGACGAGGCUUACAGUCCAGGUGGUCGGCCGCUCACGACCAGAGCCGCAACGACCUCAUCGGCACGGCCGGCGGUUGGCACCAUGAUCCAGGAACAUUUCCGUCAGACACCGCCAAACGCCUUGUCCCCCAGCAACGAUGCCCCUAUGGUUAUUGAGGACUACAUCACUCCUGAACCGACCUCACCAAGCAUCAAUGCGCCAAUGAUUGUUGCCGUUGAGCCGCCUAUAGCUCAAGCUUCCCCAAGGCUAAAUCAACGUAGCCAGAAGCCUAUUGCGCCUAUCAAAUUCGAACCUUCGCGGCCCGUAUAUACCCCGUUCCGUUAUAAUGCAGGUGUCCAAGAAGAGAAAACGAAGGAUUCUCCUCUGCGGCCUGCCGACCAGGCAUAUUCGUCACUCCGUCAUUCACAGGCCGGGACUGGUCGCCUUCUUGCUCAGGACGCUGCCUUGCUGGCUCCCGUGAGGCCGUCUUCGAGCAGCGGUAGAAAGGAACACGAGGAGGCAUUCAUUGGCUUGAUCAGGAAGCAGAGUAUGGCUGUGAGACAAAACACGCCCGGACCUGCACCAGCACCACCACUACCACGUAGCAUAACUCCAGGGGCCGUUAACAACAAGGCGACUGCCGCGGCGAAACCCGAGCCCCCACCGUUCAUGAGAGUGGGCACACCGGCGGCACCUGCCCCCACAUCACAGCAACCAGCAGACGUUGUCAAAGGCGCAGUGACAGCGUUACGCUCCCUUCUUCCGUCUUUGGAUGACCUUCCCACCCCAAUCGAUUCGAGUGGCACCAACCCCAAGCUCAGGAUUGUCAGGUCUAAAAUCGACUCGGUCAAAGAUCAAUUCUCAUUCAUCCACGAGGCUGUGGUGGAAUGGGACCGCACCAACCGCCUGGUCCGUAAAGAACAAGAAGCUGAACGACAACAGCGUCAAGGAGAGUCCGAAGCCCACAUCGACGCCCUGUUCAACGACAAUGAGAUCGGGUACGCAGGUAUCGGCGAGCUCGAAGCCGAAUUCAAGCUCUCCGAGGCCGAAAAAAGAUACCACGAAGACCAAGCCGAGCUGGAAAGCUUCACAAGCCAGGUCUUUGUGGUGGUCACGGAGAGACUGCAGAAGGAGAUUGCCGAGCUGAUGACCGCUUACACCAUGGCCAUUGACGUAUUAGACCGCGAGAGCGUGGCCGUGAGUGGCUGCUUCAAGGCUCAGAAUAGCGGCGACAAGAAGCCGAUACGAAUGACGGAAAUCAUGUCCUGCGUCUUGACGCUUUUCAACAAGAUCGAAAUCCGCCACCAAAAACUCGCCGAAGCACACGUGGAGAGGGAGCGGCGGAGAAAACAUCUCGAACUGACCAUCCUCUACACGAACGGAGACGUCCAAGGCGUGAAACGCCUCGAAAAGGAGUUUGCAGUGGCAGAAAAAAUGGCCGUCCUGCACGAAGCCCGCGCCAAGGACGACCGCGCGAACAAGCUGAUGGACACCUUUGAUCGGGCCACCGUCCGCGGCCUAGGCGACAAUCAAGUCUUUACUGACGAAGUCCUUUGCAGACUUGCCGAGCUGAAGAAAGCCGUAGACGCGCUGCCGGGCUCCUCUUCAGACGAGAGAGACGUGGCCACUGGCGCCACCGCUGCCGUAAGGGAGACCCUCUCGCUCGCGCACUCGACGCUCGACUCUGUCGUAACCGACUCGCGUCGUCUCCUCGCCCUCUCCAACGAAGGCGACAUCCUCCUCAACGAGGCCGACUAUAACCUUUCCGUCGCGGAGGCGAGGGUCGCGAACGCGGAUGCGUCAGUGUAUGCGAAGUUGCAGGACGAAAAGCAGAAGGAGGACAGCAAGCUGGUUGAGGAGAUGAACGCGAGGACGGCGUCCGUGACGAAAGGGCCGGAAGAGGCGAUCAGGCUCGUGAGGGAUAUACAGGCGACUGUGACAGGAGGAGGAGGAGAAGCAGGAGGCGGCGAGGGGGGCCACGAAGAACGCAUCAAGCGCGCGCUAGAGGCCGCGAAGGCAAGGAACGCGAGUAUUUCAGGAAGUGGGAUGGGUGAUGGGGCAGGAGUAGGGGCAGCGGCAGGGGCAGGAGUAGGAGGAAUAUGA